AUGGAAGAAGAGGCAAUUCGGGGAAGUAGUAGUGAAGAUAGGAAGGGUGAAGUGAGGAAGAAGAAUUGUGGGGAACCAAACACAUGUGAAGACACAGGGACGGGUUAUUUUGAUUUAGCGGUAGGGCAAAAAUUCUAUUCGAAAAAAGCAUUGGAGCGUACAUUGAAGAUCUUAACAGUGUUACAAAAGUUUGAUUUCAUCGUGAAGGAGUCAAGGCCUAAUUUGUAUGUUGUGCAAUGUUGGGUUCCCGGUUCUGGUGUAGUGCCAGUUCAUGUGGCAGAGGCGUUAAAUCUUCGUUAUGGACUUAAGGUUGACUAUUGGAAAGGGCAUCGUACACUUAAGCGCGCCAGGGAAUUAGUGAGGGGGAGCUAUGAAAAUGGAUAUGCAGAAUUACCAGCUUAUUUAUAUAGGAUUAGGAGAUCAAAUCCGGGGACAAUGACUAGGUUAAAAGUGGAUGAAAAUGAUAGGUUCAAAUCUGUUUUCAUUGCCUUUGAUACUGAGAACGAUGACUCUUGGGACUGGUUUUUUACACAACUAUCUUGUGUAAUUCCUGAUGAUGAGGGAAUUGUCAUUAUAUCGGAUAGACAUAAAUCAAUCGGGAAAGCAGUAGACAUAAAUUAUCCACUAGCAAACCGAGGGAUUUGCACCUACCAUCUCCACAAAAAUAUAAUGCUUAGAUUCAGAGGUAGUGAAACGUUUGGGUUGGUGAAAAAGGCAGCAACUGCGUAUAGGCUAUCCGAUUUCAAUGUUUUAUUAGGACAGAUAGAAGAAAUGAAUCCAAAACUAUAUGCCUAUUUGCAGCGUGCUGAUGUGAGUAAGUGGUCCCGAGUUCACUUCCCUGGUGAUAGAUAUAACAUUACAACGACGAACAUUGCAGAAUCCCUGAAUAAAGUCUUAAGACCAGCAAGAUCGUUUCCUAUUGUUCAACUGCUAGACGAGAUACGGUCGAUGCUGACAAGAUGGUUUGCAAGAUGCCGAGUAGAAGCUGCCCAAAUGAGUACAGUUCUUACUAAAGGAGUUGAGAAGCUAUUACAGUUUUGGGUUUUAUAA